AGGGUCUGCUAGGGCACAUCACAAGAAAAAGAAAGAAAGAAUAAUUACACUGAACAGCCCCGCAACACCAAAAAGCCUGAAAAACCAUAGAAAACAACUGAAGUGAAUGAUGACAGAAUUACUUUCAUAGUUAAGAAAAACUCCUUUAUGAAAUCCAAACAACUCAAGAACAUUCCUGAGGAGGCAAAAGUAUCAUUGUCAGUUACAAUAAAGGGACACCUUCAUGAAUGGAAAUACAGAGGUCUCUACAGUAAGGGUCAAACCACUGGUUACACCGAACAACAGGAAGGCCAGAUUGGAUUUGACCAGAAAAUACCCAAAUAGAGGGUAGAGCUCUGAAGUGUACAUGGGCAUGUAUGGCUGUCAGUGCAACCAGGGCUAAACAAGAAGGGCCAAAGAACACUUUCACCCUGUGAUGCUUCUCUACGUGUGAUAUUACCUGGCAGCAGCCCAUUUCAGGAGAAGUUGGACUGCAACCUGAAGCCUUCUUAUAAUAUUAAUAAUAGCUUGUGUCUUAUUAAAAGAAAAAGUGAACCCUCCAAUCAAACUUGAGCAAAGCAGGAAAGGAUUUGAUGACUUAUCCCUCCAGUCUACCAGAUCAAUGCAUUUCUUUCCAGCUGGUAUUGCUUUAACCCCCAAGCCUUAAAUGUCCAUACUUAGAGACCCCCAGGUGGAAAACUUUAAAGAAGCUGAGCCACGGAGGAAUUCCUCCCCGGUGCAAACUGUUGUGCUGCUGAAGGACAGCUAAACUACAGCAAACUUCCACACUUCUCUCUAUUUGAGGACUGAGUUUCCCUUUUACACUGAACUGCGACCUGUCUCUUUAAACCUCUGUUUCAGUCCUUUUCCUCUGAUACCUUCUUCCAUAUCUGUGCCUCUCUUUCUCGUAACUUCACUCCUGUUUUUCCGGUUGUCUCUCUUGACUUGUUUUUCUUGCUCUCUACAUUUCUUGGGGCUUCUGUCCCACUCCUUGCUGCCACACUGGAUUUCCUGCAAAUGAAGCACCUGAAGAGGAAGAGGAAGAGCAACUACAGCGUGAGGGAAACACAAACUCUCAUCAGGGAGAUCCACAAGAGGAGAGACGUGUUGUUCUCCAGACAGCAGAACACAGCCAUUAAUGAGCUGAAGAGGCAGGCAUGGGAGGAAGUGGCACAAGGUGUGAAUGCCCUGGGAGAGGGGGAGCUACGCACUGCUGCCGAGGUGAAGCGUCGUUACCUCGACUGGCGUGCGCUUACGAAGAAAAAACAGCUGCAGACUGAGCUCUCUCUCUCUUCCUCGCCCCCCACUUUGGCCAUUAAGACUGAGUAUGAAAAUUCCUCUCCAGAGCACGAGGCGCCUUCUUUGGGAUCUGGUUGUGACCAGCUGCUUGACCUCUCGGGCUUUCCAAAGGACUGGCACUGCGACUGGCCGGAGAUGGUGGCUCUCAGCGAGUCGAGCGGGCAGGCCGCGGGGGCACUGCCGGGAGUAAAGAUGGAGGACGAUCUGGACGGGGAUGUGGGAGAUGGAGAAAUGGAUGAUGAUAAUAUUCCCUCUCUCCUUUGUGACAUCGAGGCACGUGUAGAGGGGCAUGAUACUGAUGUUUAUUCCCACAGUGACUUGGGCAUACCCAGCCCCUCCAAGGAUCCGACUUCCACCACCAGCAGAGAUCUACUGCUGCCCGGUGGCCUGAUGGGAAUGCUGGGUGAACUCAGCAGUGAUGAGAACAUAGGAGCAGGGUUUCUGGUUGCUGUUGAGAAACAUCGUCUGGAGCUAGAGAAACAAAGGCUGGCUGUGGAGACUGAACGCCUGGCGGUGGAGAAAGAGCGGCUAUUGGUGGAGAAAGAGCGACUUCGUCAGACAGAGGUGGAGAGAGAGCGGCUGCAAAUAGAGAAGGAGAGGUUACAGGUGGAGAGAGAGAGGCUGAGGCUCAUGCGUGUUGGCCAAUCAGAGUACGUCGACUCUUCUUUUAACCUGCCGCCGCAACAAGCCCCGGUGCUUUCCUCUCGUUCGUCCUUAUCCUCAACUCAUGAUGGACAGAGGGAGAAGGGAGUGUCGGCGGCUGACUUGGAGGCAGUGAAGUUAAACCUGGAGAAGGAGAGACUGCAGCUGGAGAAGGAGAGACUGCAGUUCAUCAAGUUUGAGGCUGGCAGGCUGCAGAUUGAGAGAGAGCGCCUGCAAGUGGAGAAAGAGAGAAUGCAGCUCCACAAAGACCAUUUGUCAGUAAAAAUCUGAUAAGAGUGAGAAAAAGAGGGUGGCUGAGAAGGGUGAAUAAAUUAGAUGUCUCCAGAUUAGUAUUGGUACUAGCAGCAGAUUUGUCACAGACAUACUGUCUACGUUUGGUGCGAGACGCUUUAAUGAUCUUUCCUAACUGGCCAAGAAGAAGCCCGAGAACAGUGCCUUAGGAUGUAAUAUUUGUUCGGCACAAUCAGCUUCCAAAUGCAACAACUGUUGGCUGAUGUUCAGCACUCUAGUUCACAGAAAUGUGCAGUAGAAGAUGUUUAAUAAAUACUGGGCUGUUAGUGCAAUUAAUCUUUAUUGGUGCAGAAAUAUUUAAGUAUAUAUAUGAAAUAGUGCUAUUGUACUAUAACUCCUAUAAACCUUAACCCUUGCCAUCUAUUACUGAAAAACAAAUAGUUCAGUCACACUACAGUCAGCAUAUAAUGGUUAUCUCCUUGCAUCUAGGAAAAAUGGUGGUUGCCUUAUGAUUACAUUGAAUAUUUUGCAUUUGGUAAAUAACUGCAAAUAGCUGCGACCAACUGCUCACACAGAAGGUAAGCGCUCAACUCCAUCUACCUCUGGUUGGCCACUUUUGGUUGCAAGGUGAUUGCACAGGUCACUUAGUGGGAGGCAAAUGAUUUUCUUCAUACUAUCGGACCUGGGCCGACUGCAGUCAGUCUCAGACAGAUUGAUGAAGGUUUGCAAAUAGUUUAUAAACUAAUGUACAGAUGCAGAAAGAAUGCCAACAAGUUCACUCAGUCUGAUGCGUCCCUUUGUAUCCCUUUGAAAAGUGGUCUAUUCUGGUUAGAUUUCUAUAUAAACGCAGCACUAUUGAGCACUUGUGUCAUCGAUCCAUUGAUCUAUAGAUCCAUUGAUCCAUCCAUCUUCUUCCACUUAUUUGGGGCUGGGUCGUGGGGACAGCAGCCUAAGCAGAGAAGCCCAGGCCUACCACACCGAGAUGUUCCCAGGCCACCUGAGAGAUAUAAUCUCUCCAGUGUGUCUUGGGUCUGCCCAAAGGUAUCCUCGCGGCAGGACGCCAACACCUUGCCUGGUUGGGUGUAGUGUUCGUUGGGUAGCCUCAGCCAAGAGGACUGAUCCCCAGUUACUUCUGUCAUUUUGAAGUUAAAUCACCAUGUUACAGCAACUAAACCACCAAUUGUGGAGGAAUUUUUAUGUCAUAUUUGGACUGUGAAUGUAAGUAGUGAUUGUGAAUUUCUGUUUAAUGUGAAUUUUUGUGUAUGUAGAGGCUCACAGAUUCACAGUUUUCACCAGUUUCUGACAGUUAAUCACAGAUUCUGUUAAUUCAGUUAUAAAUUGACAGCAGACUGACUCUGUUCUCUUGCUUUUCUUUUUGCUGUCUUGACGUACCAAAUUUGCUCUAAAGAUGGCACCUGACUGCGUGCAGACAUGGUCCCUGUCAGUCAUUUCAAAGGCAGCAAGAUUGCAUGUUCAUUGCACACGGUCACAGUAAUUUGGGGCGUUCUGCGGUCUCCAACCACCGUUUUCUCUAGUGUGACUGUAACAAAAAGCACACAACUUUUCUUGUACAGAAAAAUUUUAGUUCGCAGAAGACAAACACGAUUGACAAUAAUAUUUUAAGUUGAUAUCUCACCUUUUCACAGACUUUUAGAUACUAAUAUCACUACCACUGAGCCAACACGAGUCACACCACAACCCUGAAACUGAGAAACCUAAAUGGAAUUCAGCCAUUGCUAAUUUUAUAUACCGCACACCUUUCUUCUUCCUGCUCAUGUCAGGAAGGACUUUGCAAGAUUUGUAAAGGAAUUCCUGAUCAGCAAGUUUGAUGUGCAUGCUAAAAAAUACUGAAAGUGAAGUAAUGAAAGUUUUGCUGUAAACAUGCUGUAAAGUAUUACUGGCUUUGAAGACUGUACUAAAAGCAGUGUCAUCUGUAACAUCAAUGACACCAAACACAAGCUUUUAUAUUGACAUUUAAUAAUAAUAGUCAUCAUAAAUAUUGUUAGUUUUUCCUAAUGUUAGAUAUUUUUUUGUUAUGUUCAUUUAUAUUUGACAUUCAAUCAUAGUAUGAAUAUAUUAUUAUAUAAAACUAAAGUCUACGGAGCCCAAAUUCAUGAAACUUUCUUUGAACACGGGCAAAGAAAAUGUUAAAUAUCUGGGUAUAGGUCUGGGUUAAUUAAAAUAACAAAAUCUGGGUAUUGGACUUUGUGGAGAAUGCAUUACAAGUGCAUCUUUUUAAAAUAUUUUCCAGAAAUUGUGACUUUUUGCUAAAAUACUUGUUGAUAAAGAGAAAUUCAACUUCAAAAAUUGUGGUUCUCAGAAUGAAAUAAAAUCUGUUUUACAUCCAGAUCCCAAAGUGCUGCUUCAGAUGAUUAAGCUGUGAGGGCCCUUUCAUGCCUUUAUGCAUAACGGUAAAAGAGAAUAAUAAGAAAAAAUGUAAAAGUUUUUGACUCUUCUGCACUGAUGCUCUUUAAGAAGGGACAAUUGCUGAAACGUCCCUUAUGCGCAACUUUUGAGGACUUUACUAAAUCUGAUGUAACCUGGUGACACUCAUGCAAAUGUUUAUCUGUGUCCCAUCUUUACUAAACAAAAGACAGUUUGAGGUGAAAGUGAAACAUUUAAGUUCAUAAGAAAGACCUUUAUUAUCACCCGAGGGCUUACACAAACAAAGACGCACGCAUUCAAAGCGAGGUGGUCGAGGCAGACGGCUCAAAUCACAAAAGGCUAGUUUACUUCUCAGUCCCAUGGUUUAUACACGUCUCUACUUGAGAGAUGAAAGCCUCAUUCAAAAGGCUCUGCUUUAUCUUUAGACGUGCUCUGAAAAUCCACUGUAUUGAUUCAAAGAGUCCCUCAGCACUGAAGUCAUACAUUGAGUCAACUGACUGCUGUCUAGACUGUGUGAGCGUAUUAGAAACAUGGCCAGAGGUGAGGACAAAAAGCAAUACAAUAUUUCCUUCCUGAUAUCGUGUUAACUUUACUUGACCUUAUUCAGUGAUGCAGCCCAUUAAAUCAGGUUAACAGAUAUUACACAUUUAUAACCUUUCUGAAAAAAGAAAAAGACAUAAAAGUGAGGGAGAGCUGUUAGCGUUGUGAAGGUAAAACGCUGUCCACAGACUGAGAUGCCCGCAGGUCCUGUGGCAGACUGUUUCACAGGUGGCGAGGAUAAAAACUAAAAGCUGCCUGCCCAGAGGUCACAGAGCUCACUACAGCUCAAAGAUCUGUGUCCAAGGAUUUCAGGGGUCUAAUACCUUAAAAUCAGCUGUUUCAAGAUUUGAAAAACAGCGGAUGGACUUUAGAGGUAAUCUCAGAUUUUUCUUCUCAGACUUGCUGUAAGAGCUCUCGUUGGCAGUCUAUAAAAGAGAGAAGAGGUAUUACCAAGCCAAUCUGAUUAGUAAUGAAAGUGAACAUUCUGCCCGUCUAGUCCCAUUCUAACCCAUCGUUUUAUAAAAUUCCUUUAAAGAUAAAAUGCUUUGUGACUGUGCACUGAAAGCCAAAAAAAGUGCAAAAACAUAAAUUUGGUUUUGUUUCUGAGACACGAUGAGUCAUGUAAGUAAUUAUAACCCUGAUCUGAUGAGGUGCUGAUUAAACCUAAUGUGCUGUUUUACUGCAUAUUCUGAUAUUUCUAUUGGAGUGGAUGCAUAAUUUAAUAAAAACCCUUGUCUUGUCAAGAUAAAUUUGCUU